AUGCAGCCGGAUCGUGCCGAACUUGAGAAGCGUCUCGGAGAUGAAGCCCAUCUCCUGCGCUUCUGGGAUGAGCUGGAGCAGCCGCAACGCGAAGCCCUGGCCGCACAGAUUGCCGAGAUCGACGUCGCGCAGUGCCAAGAAGCCUUCACCACCUCUGCGAACAUCCACGUGCCCAACCUCGACAAUGUGAAGCCAGUGCCCGCCGAUCGCUACAUCGUCUCCAGCAAGCUGCCCUCCGAGGAGCGUGAACGGCUGACGAAGCUGGGCCUGGAGGCCAUUUCUCGUAACGAGCUGUGCGUGUUGGUGCUGGCUGGUGGUCAGGCAUCUCGCCUUGGCAGCGCUGAACCGAAGGGCACAAUCCCGCUCGGAUUGGCUUUUCCCGAGGGUUCCGUCGCGCAAGGGGACAGUCUCCUUUCGAUUCAGGCGGCCAAGAUUCGUUGUCUACAAGACUUGGCAAGCCGCACGUUCCCGGGCACGCACGGCAAGAUCCAAUGGGCCGUGAUGACAUCUGCUGGUACGAAGGAGGCCACUCUGAAGCAUUUGGAGAAGAUAGUCCCCGCUAACGGUCUCUCCAUUGAUGACGUAACCGUGUUCAGCCAGGCCAACAUCCCUGCCUUCUCGAUGGAUGGCAGCCUGCUGCUUUCGAAGAAGGGCGAAGUCUGCACAGCACCAAAUGGCAAUGGAGGCAUCUACUCGGCGCUCUCUCAUCAUCUGCCCAAGCUGCGCCAACGCGGCGUCAAGUACCUUCAGACUUAUUGUGUCGACAACAUUCUCUGCCGCGUCGGUGAUCCAACAAUGCUGGGAAUGGUAAUUGACAAGAAAGCCGACUGUGCCGCCAAGACGUUGGAGAAGAUUCCCGGCGAAUUGAUCGGAAGUAUCACCAUCGAGGACGGAAAGCCCCGCGUGACCGAAUAUUCCGAGUUGGGCAAUCUUGAAUCGAAGACUGGACCUGAUGGGAAGCUCCUCUAUCGUGCCGGCAGCAUCGCCAUCCACUUUUUCACGAUGGACUUCCUUGAAAGUUUCUGCACGGCCGACUUCCAUCUGCCAUACCAUCGCGCCCUCAAGAAGAUUGCCCACUUCGACCAAAACGGCCACCUCGUCACCCCGAAAGAACCGAAUGGCAUCAAGCUCGAGCAGUUCAUCUUUGACGUCUUCCCCCUCAGCAGCAAUUUCUAUGCUUGGGAGGCGGUGCGCGAAGACGAGUUCUCGCCGCUCAAGAAUGCCGAGUCGACGGGGAAGGACUGUCUGUCGACGUGCGUCCGCGAUCUGGCCGCCCAAUCGCGACGGUGGCUUGAAGCUGCCGGUGCGGAAGUGGAUUCCAUUGACAAGAUCUUCGUGGCGGCGGCCCGUUCGUAUUCUGGCGAGGGUCUCGAGAAGCUGGCAGGUCAGAAGGUCGCUGGGCCCCUCGUCCAA